GAGACCCCUAGUGUCGCUUCUCCGACACAACGUCUCGUUCCCUCCAUCGGGGAACGGAGGUUACAUUCGUAACCUAGACGUUUUUUUUACUACACGGAAGCACUUUUCAGUUGAUAGAAGUGCUGCUGGCUCCGUUCCAAACUAAUAUCUCAUAAAAUGUACAUAUUCACACAGCAUGGGUUGAUGAUAAAACAUUUACAUUUAUAUAAUAAAUUAUAAGGUGUUGUCUUCACAGAAGUUUCACUGGCUGCCACAUUUAUCAUUAAUUACAACUGUUUUGUUUGACCAGCAUCGCGACCAAGUAACUACGCCCCUUCCGCUACAUAUGGCAAGCUGCCACCAUUAAGUGCAUAAGGUGUCCAACAUUCCACGCAAUAAUUUUUUGGUUGAAGAACAUCAUCUGGGUACUUGUAGUGCCCUUUUUUGUUGCAUAUUCAGUGUGACCAUACUACUUGCACUACUUGCACUACAAAAUGGUUUAGAGUAGUGCAGAAGUAUGAGAAUUGGGACACAGCUAGUGACAUCAGUCUGCAGCAGCUGAGCCUACAUAGUCCCUCAAUACUCUAAACAUGAAUGUUUCUUCUCCUGUUUUUACUUCAUCAAAAUCUGCCAACACAUCACUCUCUCUCAUCUACAUAAUCUCAUUAUAUCCGCUCAGUGAUCCGCUGCCAUUUAUUUUUUUGUUUUUUGCCAAUUUACCUUAUUUCAAAACCUAUUUGUGUGUAGAUCGUUUCUUUGGGAAAAUAAAUGUUGAUAAUGUGACCACACAUGAAAGCUCUCUGUGCUGGAGUGCGGGACCCGGCGAGAACAUCAGCCAUUACAGAGUGGAAGUCACAGGGGACUAUAACUGGAGUUUUAAUGAGACUGGCCUGACCACACAAAUACUGAAUCUCACAGCAGGAACACAAUACAAUGUCCAAGUGUUCCCAGUGAAGUGCGGCAGGGAUCUCAACCCUCAGAAUGUCUCCUUCUACACCAGGCCUUCUGGUGUUGGUGACCUGACAGUAGUGUGUGUGACAAAUGAUAGCGUAAAACUAAACUGGACUAAACCAGAAGGAAACCGUGACUUCUACUCUAUACAAGUGUCAGACAAAUCAGAGAGCCAAAAGUUUGACACUGAAGAGAGUGUCAUUGUGGGUCUCAUACCAGGCAACCAGUACAUUUUCACAGUUAGAGCUGUAGUGAAUAAUACUACUAAUGGUGUGCCAAGCAACAUUUCUACAUACACCAUGCCUUCUCAAGUCUCAUGCCUAAAGUCAGCAGACAAUGACAGUAAUGGCAUAACAGCCUCUUGGGACCAAAUUGUCGGCAACACUUCGGGUUACCUUUAUUGUCUUAAUGAAAUCACUGAGUGCAUUAAGUGCAAUGUGCAUGAGAACAGCUCAGAUUGCACUAACUGCACCAUUAUAACAGACAAGCCCAUACAAGUGAAUGGUAAAAUACCUGGAACCAGACAUUAUCUCUGUGUGGCAGCACUAACAGACAAUAACACCUUAAAUGGACAAAUGGUUCAAAUCAAUGCAUACACACGUCCAAGUACUGUGAAUAUUACUUUGACCGCAAAUAGCCAAACCAUAUUUGCCAACUGGAAUAUAGACGGGAAUUAUAAAACAUUCAAUGUUAGUAUCAGCAAAUCAGCUGACAGCACGAAUGAAAGCCCUAAGAAUGGAACCACUACUGAUAGGUUUUACAAUUUUACUGAGCUAAACGCAGGAAUGAACUACAACAUCACGGUUGUCACUCUUCUAGAGAAUGGACUGCAAAGUGAUCCUGCUACAAAAUCAAUUUAUACUAAACCUACUAGCCCUGGGCCAGUAACAGCCACUGCUUUAAACAGUACUGCCAUAAUGCUGACCUGGGAAGCUCCAAGGGAGUCAUUGCAGGGAACCAUUACGUAUAAUGUUACAUGUUGGUCUAGCUAUUGGAAUGAAGGCAAUAACGCAACUGUACAGACUGAAAACAACAUUUUUUAUAAUUUAAAAUCAGGAACAAAGUAUGACUUCUGUGUCUACGUUGUGGCUGGUGGUCUGACAAGUAAUCCGGUCUGUGCUUCUGAAAUGACAGUGCCUAAAAAGAAGAAAUUGACCUUCACAGUGCUUUGCACCACUGGAAUUUCACUUUACUGUAGUAACAACAUGACUCCGAAUGCCACACUUAAGGAGCUGAGUGAAUAUAUUGAACGAAACUUUAAUCACAGUAAUAUCCACUGGACCCUUAAAUCGAUAGACAGGAAAUGAUAAUGCCACGAUACCUACAGCAAAAACUUGGUUUGUAAAAACGAGCUAUCUGACGAUAAAACCUUCAUAAGUUUUCCUUGUUUUUUUUACUUAUAUGGCUUAACAAGCUAGCUAAUAUUUACAAUUUAUAUUUAACUCUGACUAGGCCCAUUGUCAUGCUUUGAGUUCCUAUGACUUAUUUUUCUAAAAAGCUUUAUGAAUUGUCUUAGAAAAUGCAGAGUUUAUCUUUGUCCUAUAUACCGUGACAUGUUCCACCUUUUAAAAAAUGGUUUAAUCUUUUAUGAUACAACUUUUUAGGGAGUGCCUUUCAUUAAGUCUUUUGACCACAGUUCAAACAUACAUUGAGUUCAAUAUAAAGUCUGUUUUUAGAGAACCACUUUCUUGGCACAAUACAAACAUAAUGACUUGAAUAAUGUGUUGUGGUGUUAUGAUCUUUGCUGGUUUAGGGUGUAGCCAUUUUUGUAAUGACCUUCAACCCUGUAACAUUUAACCCUGACACAUUUUUAAGUGUAGCAGGAUUCAAUGAUUUUUGCGCAAAACAUGCAAGAAACUUUGAGAGAAUUUCAAACGGAGUAAUACUAUCAGAUUAUUAUAGAUUUUUGUAUAUAUUUGAUAUUAUAUAUAGAUUUUGUAUCUAUUCAAAUUAGAUGCUUUGAGUUAAUAACUGUUGGUAAAGGCUAUACUUUGUAAGAUAAAGCUGUGUUCCCAACAAUUGUGAUUACGACUCUAAUUCAUUGUGCCUGAGCUGAGAAAGGGUGAUUUCUUGAAAGUUCAGCAGAAACAUUCUGAAAUGAAAUGUUUCAUGCAUAUGUAUAAUUUCUCAGUAUAAUUAAUGGUACAUUUUAAAAUAUGUUACUUAUUAUGUUAACAAGACAAUACAUGUACUUGUACAUGCACUUUUAAGGUAAAAUAUUUGCAGUGAGUGUCCCUGCAUGACCGAUCACAUUUCAUUAUAUAUUUUAUGAAAAUACUUGUUUUUUUUCUUAUUUUUGAUAUUAGGUACUGUACAUUGGAGAGUUCCAUGUUAAAGUAUAUUUUAUGUAGUUUAGAUUUUGUAGAUCCAUAGUAGUUUUGUUUCACAGUGUAUACCCUUGUGUUUCAAUUUUCCUCUGUCAUUGUUUGUGUAUUUUUGUAAGUGUAAUGAUUCAAGUUCUCUUAUCAUGGUUAUCUAUUUGAAACUGCAUUGUUUAGCAGCUUAUAUUACUUGUUUUCUGGUAUACUCCAGGGUUUAUUGUUAGCUUCAUGAAUUGCUUCAUGUGAAUUCUAAACUCAGUUUUCAUAAUGGAUGUUUUUGAAAACUAUAUUGGAUUUUUGGUGAUGGUUGCAGCAUUAA